UAUACAUUUUACGGAGCGCGCAUGCGCAUCGGCUAACCCAAUAAAAUGAAAAAAUAAAUUUGUUUGCAUGAAAAACGACAUGCUGAGGAUAUUCUCUAGAAUUCGAAGUAUUCCUUUUUGUAAUGUGAGCGAAUUAAGAGAAAAAUUUGUGUGCAAACGGUAUUACAAUAUGAAAGGAAAGAAAUAUAUUUACGCUCACAAGUUUGAAGGACUUCCCAAAGUGACUGAUUUGGAACUUGUCGAAGAGGAGAUUCCUAGCAUAAAGAUUGGCGAGGUUUUGAUCGAGGUACAAGCUUUGAGCGUUGAUCCAUAUAUGAGACCAUACACACCUGUGAUAUGUAAUAUUGGAGAUGACAUGAUUAAUUACUUUGUAGCAGGCAAAGUGAUUGAUAGUAAAGAUUUAUUAUUUCCAAUUGGUACCAAAGUAUCUGGAGCAAUGGGAUGUAGAACUCAUGCAAUUAUGAAAGGAAAAAAACUUACAAAUUUGAACUUUCUUGAUGAUCUGCCUUUAUCAUAUGGUGUUGGAGUUGCGGGUUUAGCUGGUUUAACAGCCUAUUUUGGAGUUUUGAAUGUCCUUGAACCAAAAGAAGGUGAAACACUUUAUGUUAACAGUGCAGCUGGAGCAGUUGGUUCAAUUGUUGGUCAAAUUGCAAAGAUUAAAGGAUGUCGUGUUAUUGGUAGUGCCGGUUCUGAUGAAAAAGUUGCUUUUCUUAAAAGUCUAGGUUUUGAUGAAGCAUUUAAUUACAAGACUGUAACAUCAGUUGAAGAUGAACUUAAGAAACUUUGUCCUGAUGGAAUUGAUAUGUUUUUUGAAAAUGUUGGAGGUCCAGGAUUUUCCAAAAUCAUAAAUCAUUUAAUGAACAGAAGUGGUCGCGUCGCUGUGUGUGGGGCCAUAUCCACGUAUCAUGAAAAAAAACCAGGUUUUGUUGAGGACACUCUUUGGUCAUUGGUGGGGAAACAAAUAAAAAUUCGAGGAUUUAAUGUGAUGGAAUUUUCUCAAGACUUUGAAACGGCAUGUCAACAAAUUGUUCACUGGAUCAAAGAAGGCAAAAUUAUUGUAAAAGAACACAUAACGUAUGGCUUUGACGGAUUUCCAAAAGCUUUUGUAGACCUGUUUACUGGAGAUAACUUUGGAAAAUCUGUUGUAAUCGUUGAAAAUUCAUCAAAAUUGUGAUUCUCCAAUUGUGCUGACCAAAGCAAUAUGAUUGAAUAUGAAAUGAUUAAACUCAAUGUGCUAUACUAUUUUAUUGAACAUUUUCUUGAGGGUGAUAAAUUAAAAUCUCAUCAAGUCAGAAAUCGAAUGCUGGAUGUGGGCGUGCAAAAAUGUUAUGUUGUCAAACCUUUAAUGAUUACAUGAUUUACAUUGACAUAACAAACAAUAAUUUCUACACAUUAUUUUUCAAUGCUUCUGUAUGUGUAUACGUUUAUCAAAGUCAAUUUAAAUUACAAAAUUAUAAUAAUA